CACGCGCCCCCACUUCAAUGACUUCAGCUAAAACUUGAGCUUCCCCCCCUACCUCGUCCUCUCUCCUCCCUUUAAAUACUUCAGUUCAGAGGAGUGAGAGCAGAGACCGGGCAUCGCUUUGACCCGUACACCGCGAUGAUAGCGACCCUGCUGCCGCUUCUGCUGCUCUGCUGCUCCGCCGGAGAAGCCCAACAAACCGCUACCCUCAAAGACUAUUAUGUAGCAGCUGUGGAGAUCGGCUGGGACUACAUCCAUCCGGACGAUGGUGACCCAGCACCGGAUCAAAGUUUUAGAAGACAAUCCAAAGACAUUCCUCAGAAAUACAUUAAGGCAGUGUACAGGGAGUACACAGAUUCCACAUACACUGUCCCCAAGCCAAGGCCGGCAUGGACAGGCAUCCAAGGUCCUGUGAUUACGGCCCAGGCUGGAGACAGAGUGGUGGUCCAUUUCAAAAACCUGGCCUCUCAGCCGUACAGCAUCAGCCCUGUGGGGAUCAGCUACUGGAAACAGUCUGAAGGAGCCAGCUAUGAUGACUCCACGGCAGGUCAGGAGAAGGAGGAUGACGCCAUCCCUCCUGGAGGAUACUAUGAGUACAUAUGGGACAUCAGCGCUAAAGACAGUCCAACAAUCAGUGAUCCAGAGUGUCUCACCUAUUCCUACUCAUCCCAAGUGGACACGGUCCGUGAUGUUAACUCAGGACUCAUCGGCCCCCUGCUUAUCUGCAAAUCAAGUGCCUUCAAUGAAGACGGCCAGAGGAGAAUUCAGGCAAUUGUCCUGCUGUUUGCAGUGUUCGAUGAGACAAAAAGCUGGUAUGGGGAGGUAGGAGAAAGAAGGAUCAGAGACAAGUUCAGGAGGAGCAGUGGCAGGAAAGAAUACCACACCAUCAAUGGAUAUGUCAACUCUACAUUACCUGGUUUGAAAGUGUGUCAGAGCCGCAGUCAUGUGUUUUUUCAUCUGAUUGGGGUGGGCACUGCUCCAGAAAUCCACUCCAUUCAGUUUCAGGGUCACACUCUUCAGGUGUUGACACAUCGUAAAGCCACCAUGGAGGUGACCCCAAUGACAUUCAUCACAGCAGAAAUGAGACCCUCUAAUGUUGGCCGCUUUCUCAUCAGCUGUCAGAUUAAUGCUCAUCGCCACGAUGGUAUGAAUGCUUUCUUCAUGGUGGAAAAAUGUCCUGAGGCUGCUGCCCCACCAGGACCGGACCUUCGUAAAGCCAAGUACAAGGAUGACGGCUACAGUGAGGACUACGAAGACUACGAUGACAGUGUGUUCAACACUAUCAGCUUUCAUACACCAAAAGCACAGAUCAGAUCCAACAGGGGAGAGCAGUCGACAACCUGGAAGCACUACAUCGCUAUUGAAGAGGUCGCCUGGGACUAUGCUGGCCAUCUGGAACCCACAGACAGUGAGUUGCAGUCCAGAUAUUUGCCUGAAUCUCCACAUCACCUGGGCUUUAGAUAUAAAAAGGUAGCUUAUGUGGAGUACACAGACGGAUCUUUCACUCAGAAGAAAAUCAGCAACACUGCUGCCCCGAUACUGCUGGGUCCACUUCUUAAAGGAAAAAUCAACGAUCAAAUCCACAUCACUCUCAAAAACAUGGCUGAUCGCCCUUUCAAUAUCUACCCUAAUGGUCUUACCCAGAUAGCUCCAAAAAACAGAUCCACCAAAGAGAAGGACCUGCGCUCAAUGGGAGUGCCCCCCAAUGGGACAUUUAGUUAUGUUUGGAAGUUAACAAUCGAUGAUGGACCCUUAAAGGGAGACCCCCAGUGUCUGACCCAGUUGUAUCAGAGCACUGUUAACCCAGAAAGGGACUUGGCCUCAGGGCUGGUGGGCACCCUCCUUAUCUGCAAGCAAGGUGCCAUAGACACCAGAGGACACCUGUUUGGCCCGGAUAAAGAGUGGAGCUUGGUAUUUGCUGUGUUUGAUGAGAACAGAAGUUGGUAUUUUGAUGAUAACAUGAAGAAUUCCACCCUCAUCUCCUAUAACACAACUGACCCUGAUUUCUACAACUCAAACUUAAUUUACAGCAUCAACGGCAUUAUGUUCAUCAAGCGUCAGUUUGCAAUCUACAAAACUGAUGUCACUUUUUGGCAUGUGGCCAACGUGGGCACCCAGAGUGAGUUCCUGUCAGUUUACUUCACUGGAAACCACUUUCAGCACCAAGGCCUCCACCAGUCGGUCCUCACUCUCUUCCCCAUGACUGGUGUGACUGUGACGAUGGAACCUGAGGUUAUAGGUGAGUGGGAGAUUAGUGCCUAUGACAGCAACCUGAAAAACCGUGGAAUGAGCUCCCGCUACUCCGUAAUUCACUCCAACAAUGGAGAACUCUCACUGGUUGACCAUGAUGAAGACGAAGACAUCUCUGAGUAUAUCGAUCAGCUGCUGCCAAGGAGCAGAAGGUCUCACAAUCGUACGAUGUUGGUUCCAGUGUGCAACGACACCACUCAAACAAUAAACAGCUCUGGUUUAAAUGUCAGUGAAGGGUGUCAGCUGAAGGAAGUGGCUGUCACAUCGCUAGAAGAGCCAGACGAAGGAAUCCCACUGGAUAUCUUGGAGGAAAUCGGUAGAGAAGGCGAGUGGGCUGAUUCUCAAAAUGGGACUGAAACUGGGGGGGAAGUCGUUAGCAGGCAGAGAAGACAGACUGAGGGUAACUGGACAGAUGUAGACAUCAGCUCUGGAGCCUCUGAGGAUGAAUACACUGGGGAAGGGAUUGGAGAUCAGACUGUGGAAAAUGAAACUGACAGUAGUGGUGUAGGAAAAACGGAGGAAAUAAGUCAAAUGUUUAGUUUAGAUAACAAGACAAAGAAGGUGCAUGUAGAAAGCAACGAAAUCUUACCAAACAACCAUCCACUGCUGAACAGGAAGAUCCAUUCAGAAGAAAUGACUCAAAACCAUAUUCAGUCUGAACGGGAUCGACUCAGAGUGGACACCCAGCCUGUGGAAUACAACUUGACUGAUGUUUACAACUACACAGCAUGGACUGAUCUGUCCCUUGAGUAUGACGAUUACGGCACUGAGCUGAACAGCACAGCAGGUCUAUUUGGCACAGGUUACGUUAAUCCGCGCUCUGCAGAGACUAGAUAUGAAACCUACUACAUCGCUGCAGAGGAGAUCACAUGGGACUAUGGCAUCACAAAACCUCAUCAGCUCAUCAAACCCAGAGAGAUGCGUCGAGGAAUGAGGAAAUUCCUGCCAGAGUAUAAGAAAGUUGUGUUUCGAGCCUACUGGGAUGAAAAAUUUGAGCAUCCUAUUGGCAGAGGAGAGUUCGAGGAACACCUGGGAAUCAUGGGACCUUUCAUCAGAGCUGAGAUUAAUGAACGUUUCACUGUGCUUUUUAAGAAUAAGGCAUCCAGGCCUUACUCAUUCCAUCUUCAGGGAGUCUAUGAUCAUGGCCAUGGAGCUGGCAUCACACAAACCUACUCCCCUACAGCUCCACCAGGGAUCCCAGGAGAGCCAGUGCCUCCUGGAGAGGCCCGGACUUACAAUUGGAGAAUAACCAAGAAUCAAGGGCCAUCAGACAGUGAAUUUGACUGCAAGGCUGGAGCUUACUACUCCACUGUGGACAAGGAGAGAGACCUUCAUUCAGGUUUGAUUGGUCCACUGGCGAUCUGUAAACCCGGCACACUCCGCACUCAUCAGAGAACACAGCCAGACAUCAGGGAGUUCUCUCUCCUUUUCCAUACUUUUGAUGAAACUAAAAGCUGGUACAUGGAGGAGAACCUGCAGCGGCAUUGUGCUCCACCCUGUCAGGUCAACACUGAGGAUCCCUGGUAUCACAUCAGUAACAAGUUCGCAGCAAUCAACGGUUAUGUGGCCGAGACUCUUCCUGGACUGUUGGUUGAGCAGCAUCAGCAAGUCCGAUGGCACCUUCUGAAUGUAGGAGGAGAUGGAGAAUACCACGCUGUUCACUUCCAUGGUUUACCUUUUACUGUUCAUGCUGAACAGGAGCAUCGUAUGGGAGUCUACAAUCUCUUCCCUGGGGUGUUUGGCACAGUGGAGAUGAGGCCCCCCACAGUUGGCACCUGGCUGGUGGAGUGCAAUAUAGGAGAGUACCAGCUGGCUGGCAUGAGAGCUAAACUACUGGUCUACAGACAAAGAUGUUUGAUGCCUCUCGGGAUGAAAUCAGGACUGAUCGAGGAUUCCCAGAUCACAGCAUCAGAUCACAUUGAUAGCUGGCAACCUGCGCUAGCGAGGCUGGAUCAGUCUGGCUAUAUCAAUGCCUGGAUGGGUAGGAACAAUAAGUCAUGGUUGCAGGUUGACCUUCGGAAGCCCACUCUCCUGCAUGGUGUGCAGACGCAGGGAGUCAGUUCAAGACUGAGGGACCACUUCAUCAGAAUCUUCAGCAUCUCCUACAGUAUGGACCAGGAAACCUGGACCACUUACAGAGGAAAGAACAUAAAGCAGAAACAUAGAUUUCUUGGCAACUUGGACAGCUCCAGAGUGAGACAAAACCUUAUCAACCCACCGUUUAUGGCUCGCUACGUCAGGAUCCAUCCAAUAGACUACAAGCAAAGGCCUGCUCUGAGACUGGAGCUGCUCGGCUGUGAUCUGAACAGCUGCUCUAUGUCUCUUGGGCUACAGAGGAAGGAGAUUCCUGACAAAAGCUUCAGUGCUUCCACCUAUUAUUCAUCUCUGUUGCGAAGCUGGGUGCCCCACCUUGCUCGCCUCCAUCUAGAGGGCAGUACCAACGCUUGGAGGCCAAGGAAUGACAACCCCCACGAGUGGCUACAAGUUGACUUGGGAAAGGUAAAACGCAUCACAGGAGUCAUAUCACAAGGAGCACGUUCAGUGCUGACCCAAAUGAUGGUGACUGAGUUCUCUGUGACUGUGAGCCAUGACGGACACUCGUGGAGCAGCGUGCUAGAGGAAAGCUCUCAAAGAGAAAAGAUCUUCCCAGGGAACAAUGACCCAGACGAGGAAGCUCUCAAUGUUUUCGACCCCCCUCUGUUCGGCCAGUUCCUCCGUAUCCACCCACGGGGUUGGAUCAACCACAUCGCCCUGCGCCUCGAGGUGCUGGGCUGUGACACGCAGCAGUGACUUUAACACCCUCAGCUGAACUCACCAGCACCACACAGCAGCAAUGUAGUAGCUAAACAUUUCCUUGCUUCAUUUUGGAGUUGUGAUUUUGACAAAAAGGAAAAUGUUAUUUUUUAAUGCAGAGCACUGAUUAAUUUAAAUAUAGUGAAUGUAACCCUUUGUUAGAGAGGCCACUUUGUUUACAUUUUCAAUCUUGUUCACAUGGUUUCUGGUCAGUUUUGAGAAGAAAAAAAUGAAUGUUGUGUUAAAUAAGAAAAAGCGUUUUGAUGCUGUGUUUAGAAAGGAUAGUAGGAAUGUAAGUCAGAGACAACAAUACUGCACAAAGAAAACCCUAAAAUCAAGUAUUUUUGUCUGUUUCCUAGCAAAUAUAUCUCAUAAUGCUUAAAAUAAAAUAUAUUUUACAUGAUGAACAGAUGAACCUGUUGUCUAGAAAAUUACAAAGAAAAUGAAGCCUGGACCGCUUCUUAGUGGAUAAAAAAAGCUGCCAGUGCAACAAACAAACCUUUUUCUCAAUUAGUCCAUUAAAUUUGAUUCGGUGUAAGUUUACAAGAUAUUUUAAUGAGAAAUUACACAAAUGCACAUGGUAAGAUUUGAGGUUUUUAAAGAUUUUGGGUUUCAACAGGGCCAGUAUUUUUAAACACUGCAGAGCUGCUCAGCAAUUUGUUACCUUUUAAGCAAGGAGUUGUGUUAUCGAUAGAGAAUUUAAGCGUGUGUAAAUAUUUCAGACUCGAUUGAUGUAUAAAGUUGGUUGAUGUACAUUGUUGGAAAAGUAUAUAUUUAUGUAUUUUUCUGCGCUCUAAGCUUUUAUAUAAACAACGAAU